ACCGCACGUACGAUAUCUAAUAUAGUGGUGACGAAAGAAUCACUGGUUGAGACAGCAGAAAAGCGUACUGUGUUUGCCUCAACAAAAGCGGAUGCAUCAGCAGAGACCGUUCACAAACUUCAUGAAUUCACCGAAGCUACGCCGCUUACAGUGGGGAAGACACUAAAACCAACAGAUUCUAUGGAAACAAACCAACAAUCUGAGCCUGCAGGAAGCUCCACAACUUUCGCGAUAAUCACCACAGUCGGUGAAGAAGCCACCACAAUCCACAAAGAGGCGAGUGAAGAGAAAGUGAUAGAUCAUAAGUCUUAUACUUUUGAGCCUACCAUCAUGGAAUCUUCAUCUUCUCUUGCAACGGAGGAGCUGCCUAGUUUAAGCAGAUAUAGAACUCUAUCUGAAGCUAAUGAGGCUGAACUACCUGAUUCUACAGAAAAUAACGUUGAUGCACCAUCAACAACAGCAGGUAGUGAGAGCACUGGAGAGAAUGCACCUGUGGAAGAAAGCGAAUCAACAUCAGAAGUUGUUGCAAACGGGAGCACUCGAAUUUGGACCAAUGAUACUGACCAAACAGGCGGCAACAGCAGGCGAGUUAGCAUGGAGCUUUAG